UUCUGAUGCAGCUGCAACACUCGGAACAUGGCUAAGAAUGGAAGGACUAAAAAUAAAAGAAAAGAACUUGUUAGGAGAAGAUAUAAAGCAGAAGAAGAAAAUAAGAGAUAAAGGUAUCAAUUUUUUUAAUGAAAAGAUAGAAUUAGAGCAAGAACAAACAGACGAUACCGAAAAAUAUAGAAAAUAAGAAAGAAUGAAAAAUUGAAUUAAACAAGAGGAUGAAGACAGAAAGAAGAAACGUGCGCCAUUCAAAAAUAAGUUGAGAAGCAUUUCCCAGCACAGGCGUGACAAGCGUGCGCCUCACAAGCGUGCGCCUCAGCUCUUCUUGCGCCUGAGGAAUUAUAAGGUGCUACCCAUGUUUAGCGCCAUUCAAAUAAUAGGUCAAAACAACUUAAACCCAUGUUAAACCCUUCUAAGUCACGGUAAAAGCCUUCUAUCGUACGUCUUCAUCAUUACUCUUCUAUGCUCUACUCGCGCAACCUGUUCAGCGCUGCAACCGCAUCCAACGAAUCAACGAUCAACCCAUUGAAGCUAGCAACCCUUAAGGUUUCUUCUUCCUCAUCAUCUUCCCAUGUUCUUUCUUCUUUCUUUUUCAGAUUGUAGUUUUCAUUUAUUUUGCCAUCUUCUUGUUGAUCCUUUCUUUUUAUUCUUUCAGUCUAUCUUCUCUCUUUACUCUUACCACUUGCAGUCAUCUAUGCGUACUUUAUAGUUCUCUUUAAACAGUUUAUGGUUCUCUUUGCUUCAUCUUAUUAUACAGUCUAUAACUUUAUAUCUUCUUAUCAUCAUUUCAUAUUUUAAUUGUAUAAAACUUCAUGUAAUCUAACUCGGUUAGUAGUUUAGUUUCCUUAAGCCCUUAUCUUCAUGUUUAUUUUUAGGCAUGACUGCGGAAGGAGUAUUGCCUGAUAUUUAUCAUUUGUAUUCAAGUACUACGUAGUUUAGUUUCUUUAAGCCCUUAUCAUCGUGUUUAUUUGGAAUACUAGGUAUACAAGGAGGGUUUAGAAGUUGUGCCUUCAGCCACAUUUUUUGACCUUUAUGUCAACUUUUUGAAAGAUAUCAUACGUUAUAGAAAUGGAGUUGUCAAAUUUUCAAAUAUAGUAACAUCUCCGGGUGUACGAGAAGGGUGAAAUUACGGAAGACCUGGCCUGAACAUGUUUUCCUAUUAUAGUUGGGUGAAAAGUUUUGUUCUGGAGAUUUUUCUAUGGAGAGCCAUAAUGCCAUUAUGGCUCUCCAUAGAGAUGAUGUGUACUGGAAAUAGGAUCUCUUUUGAUUUCUCUUGAGAUCUGUUCUGAUUCAAUUCUAAAAAACAAGGGUAGAAAACUUGUGGUAUGCAUUAGAAUUUAAGCUUUCUCAAAUUACUGCAGAUUUGUAUGUUAUAAAUUCGCCUAUAGCUUUAUAGAGAUGAUGUGUACUGGAACUAGCGAUGAGAAGGCGAGGGUUAAUGUAAUAAUUGAACAGUUUAAAAGUUGUGGUGUUAUUUGCCCUCCCUACAAAUGUGAAGUUAUUUUUUUCAUUAUUGCCCUCGUUACAAAAUACGAUUUUUGAAUAACUAAUGGUCAAAGUUUAUAAAGUUUGACUAAAAAAAAGUCAAAGUGUAAACUCCAAUUCUGGACGGAGUGAGUAAUAGGCAAUAUGGAUGUUUUCAGCUAGAAAGAAAUAAGGAUUGAAAAUGAGUGGUUUUGCUCGAAGCUUUAAUUUCAAUGGAUGGACGUUUUUGGUAGUGACAUGCUGGUUUUAUUUCACUUUAUUAACAUUUGCAUAUAGUAUAUAUCUCAAUCAGGUUGACAAUUCCUACAAAAAGAAUACGGGAUUGACAAAUAUUUUUGGUGAGGAUUGUCAAAAUUCAUUGAAACAUGAUAUCUUUCAUGACUUAUAAUUCGAAGGCAUAAGCAAGUUACAAAUAUGAGAUGAGGUUAUGUGGUUGUCCUAUUAUGACAACUUCAUACGAAGUAUAUAAGAACAUAGAGUUAAGAAGAUUAACAUAGGGAACACUAAUUAAAAUACCCCAAACUUUGAAGGGGUGUGAGGUAAACACCCUAAACUUGCAUAUCUAAUUUGAAUACCCCAAACUUUAUAUAAAAAGUUAUUUUAGCAACAUGAUCAUGUAUUAUUUAUUUAAAAAAUGUUAAUUUUUUUUGUUCAUUUCAUAAUUUAAAAUAUUUUAGCAUUCAUGAAGAUACAGUUAACAUUCUAUACUUCUAUUGUAAAAUAAAGAGUAGUACCCCCCACUCUAGCUAAUUGUAACGUUUUCAAUUUGCUGUUUUAAACUAUGCACUUAACACCAUAAAUAAAGAGUAGUACCCCUCAUAAGACUCACUACUCAUUUUUAUAGUGAAGCAAAAUAUUUGAAAGUCAUGUAAGCUUAAGGUAUUAAUGCACAGGUACCAAACAAGUUUUAAAAAUCAAAUCAUUCAAAGCAACAAAUCAACACUCCAAGUAUGUUGGGCAUGAACUAACAAAAAGACAUUAGUAUAAGACCUUUUAAAAUCUAUGGAAACUGGUACGGGAUUGAGCAACGUAUACAAACACAAAGUUCUAUAUCAGUGGUCUUUUAAUGAUGAGCCAUUUACUUUCUUAUAUAUAAAGAGAUGAAGUUUAUGGUGUAUGCUUAAUGGUGUAAGCAAAUGGGAAAUAAUUCAUGAAUGCAAGAAGAGAACUCAUUAGCUAUCAAGAAGAGAAGCUUGUUUGCCCAUAUAUCUUUUUCUCGCUAUUUGAUGUAUGUUAUAGAGGUUUAGGGCUAUGUGAAGAUAUAAUCCUUUCUUUGGUCAAAACUUGUUGAAAUAGUCUCCCUCAUAUGUGUUUCCUCAGUGUGAGAAUUGUUCAUUUCGAAUGCAAAAAGUUUUCCAUAGUAGGAGUAGUAAUUCUAGUGUUACUGCUUUGAUGCUUUACUUAAGAUUAGCUCCAAAUGUCAUAUACAAAUCAAAUAUCUUUUUGCAGCUCACUCGAUAGGAAAGUUGGAUGAUGCUUUCCAGAGAGCAAAUUCUUACUUCGAGUGAAUAUUGGGCUUUUUAUGAUUCCAUAGUGUGUGCCGAUUUUGGACGAGUUUUGUUUGCUGAUUUUGGUUUGGCAGAUUUUUUAACUAAAAAAUACAAACCGUAAACCGAAUAACAAAUGAUUAGUCACUUUCCAUCAGUUUUGGAUUUAUCAAUUCGUUAUGGUCGAUUUCAGCUUUAUCGAUUCAAUUUGGUCGAUCUCGAUUUUGGUGUGUUCGAUUUCCGUCAGUUUCGGUUUUAUAUCUUUUUGGUUCACCCGUAGUUUGUCCUGCCCUUACGUUAGUUGUGUCUAUUGACUGCUCAAUAUACAUUUUUAUUUUAAAUCUUUUAUUAAUAAGGUGUUUGAGCUUGAUUAAGGUGUGAUGCACGGGACAUAGAAUAAGUAAUAGCUAUAUAAUACAGAGUAUUAUAUUAUUUGUUAACAUUACAGGUAUUAUUUAAUGUGUAAAUGAAUGUAAGUAGUAUAGAUGUGACACACAAAAUUUUAAUUACGCAAAAGAUACGAAUCAUAAUUGGUACGAAAAAUAUUUUGGAAUAAGAAUAAUUAAUGAAUAUUAAAAUAAGGUUUUCGCAGUCUACACAUUUCGAAACAUUUUCUUGUUAAUAACAUUGGUAGCAUGAUUGAUUUGUUCGCCAUCUUUAGCGCAAAUCAAUAUAUCAAACCGUUUGAGAAAUGAGACAAUCAGACUAAAUGUAAAGGUAACACUUGUUGAAGAUAAAAUGCGAGGACCUCAACUAUUUCUCAAUUACUUUGUUUUAUUCAAACUGAAGUUGGUAAAAAAGUAGGCAAAAAGAUGACUUUUACUCGUGUGAGGUAACCUUAUUUUUUAUGAAUCACUCAUACUCGACUUAUUUUUAUCAAAAUAAUUAAAACGUAGAAGACACUUUCCUAACAAAAAAAACAUUUGUCUUCAUUCAAUUUGAAAAUUAUUCACAUACACUAUAAGAUGAAUUCAACUCUAAUUUAAUAUGCAAGUUUAGUCAAUAAGUUUUAAUAUAUUUUAAAUGAUUUUUUUUGUGAUUUAGCAACUCGUAACACAGUUUCUUUAUUAUUGACUCUUAUACGAUUUUUACUGAUUCACCUAUUAAGAGUCUUACUUUACUAUUAUACCCAUAUGUGAACAUAUCAAAUCUUACCAGUUACGUCGUAGUUUUUUCACUAAUUAAAAAUAUUUUGAAUAUAAUUGUGAUGGAGUAUAUGGGUUGAGACUCCAUGACACACAUACUAAGAAGACUAAGAGGAGGUGCGGCUGUCACCCAGUGGGUCCUCCUUCGGCCAGGUGGCCCUCCAUCAGCCGUAGAAGAGUCGAUCCAGAAUACGGUUCAGAAGCCAAGGAGAAGAAUUGUCCUCCGUCGGCCGGUGCCCUCGUCGGCCAGUGCCUCCAUCGGCCGAUGCCCCCGUCGGCCAGUGCCUCCGUCGGCCGAUGCCCCCGUCGGCCAGUGCCUCCGUCGGCCGGUGCCUCCGUCGGCCGGCGCCCCCGUCGGCCAAGCAACAAUCAGCUCAGAAUAUGGCCCAGGCAGUAAUCAGCUCUAAUGGUCUUUCGUCGGUCGUGUCUCCAUCGGCCAGGCGCCUCCUUCGGCCGAACCUCCUUCGGCCACAGAGAACUCCCAGAACCGGAUUUCACACUUAGUUAUUUUUACACUCUUUGUACUCGGCCCAGUAGUGGCCCAAUUGUAAAUGGGCCUCCCAAGCCCAAGACUUGGGAGCCCGGCCCUAAUUUCCUCUAUAAUUACUUCCCUUGGGAGUCAUGUAAAGGGUUGAAAAUCAUUAAUACAACUCACUUCUCUCUCUUGCUCUCCCUUCUCUCUAGACUUAUAGUCUAUCAUUUGGUGCUUUCAUUGAGAGCUAGAACAAUCAAGUUAGCAUCCUUCGUCGCUACCAAGCAUAGCUAACUGAUCAUGGGAAGAACAAAGUCCAACCAUAACCUCCUCGGCAAGGCCAUCCCUGAGGCCCAAGAGGACAGGGAAUACGAGGAGGACACUACGACUGACAAGGCCGCAGGCGGGGAUGUUUUCCAGGAGGCCAUCGACCUCACGAAUGAUCUUCGCCAUCAGCUCAACGGCAGCGCCCCCGACGCCCGCAUCGGCCUGGACAAGAAGCGCCUGGAAAAGGGCGACAAUGCCUCGGGGAAGCCGGCUUCUCCUGCCGUUGACCCUCAGCUCCAAGCCGCUUUCUCGGCAAUCAUCGCCAGCCUCGCCCAAAACCCCACCGUCCUCAGUGCACUCAUGCCAAGGACUGGGGAGAACACUACACCGCCUCCUCAGCCCCAGCCGGUGGCCAUCAAGCUAGGCAACGACGAAGGGGUGGUGCCCCAGGACACGUUGUCAUCCCACUCCCACCCUGCUUCCCCACUUCGAGCUGGACCAGCCCCAGCGCGUGGAAAAGCCUCAGUCUUUAAUAGGCUAGGUGACACGCGCCGUCGGCCUGCUUCGGAGAGGAUGGCGGGACGGAUUGGUGAACAUGAUCUUGGCUCACCAAGGGAAAGCUUGGGGUCCAUAUCCCGGACAGCGGAUCGGCCCCGCCUGGACGAAGGCAAGGGUAAGCUGCACGAGGGUGACGCAUGCCACCAAAUCAACACGGCUCACGCAGCCCGCCAACAGACGCAGGGCGCCACCAUGGCCGCCAAAGACCCCCGGGACGAGGUGAUCGCCCAGCUGGAGCGAAGACUCGCCCAGAUGGAGGCCAAACAGCUGGCCGCCACCCCCACGGGCAACCCAUCCAGGGAUCCCGACUUCAACGCCCUCCUACACAAGGUCAGCAUCCUUGAGAGGGAGUUGGCCGAAGGACGAGGAUGCCCCAUCUUCCAAAUCAGGACGAGGAAUCCCUUCACUACCAGGAUACUCUCGGCCCCUAUCCCCGAGAAGUACAGAGGAUACUCUCGCUCCGACCCCAAAGAACAUUUCAGCCGCUAUCAGAACAACAUGCUGAUGGUGAACGCAUCGGAUGAAUACCUCUGUCGUUGGUUCCUUUCCACUCUUGAAGGACCAACGUACGAGUGGUUCAACGCGCUCCCCGAAGGAAGCAUAGACUCGUGGCAGGAUCUUGCCCAACGCUUCCUCACCCACUUCGCCGGAAGGAAGUGCGUGAAGAAACAUUUCUCUCAUCUCCUCUCCAUCAAACAGCAACACGAUGAAUCACUCCGGUCUUUCAUCGACCAAUGGACGAAAAAGACAGACGAGGUCGAAGGUGCCGAUGAGCGCACCCUCCUCAUCCUCUUCCAAGGCGUUCUCCGCAGCAGCCCCUACGCGAGGAACCUAAUCACCGACCCGCCGAGGUCAUACACCAAGGCACUCCAGCGAGGGAGCUUGUACGCUGACGCCGAUGAGCUCCACUCCCGCAAGAAGGAUGGAGACCAGCCAUAAAAGAAGACAAACAAUGUGUCGGCUCCAAGCGCAUCCUCGGCCGGAAGCCAUGCCCGCCAAAGCCAGAAGGAGCGUCCGUGGCAGCCGAGGAUGGACGUCCCAAGGACUCCACUCACGCAGUCGGUGGAUACCAUCCUCGACUAUGCGGAGGAGCAAGGUCUCAUCCCCAGAGAUCCCCAGUCGGCCAAGGAAAUCUACGCCGUCCACCAAGGCAUCACUUAUUGCCGUUACCAUAAGAAUACCUCCCAUAAUACAGACGACUGCGUCGCACUGAAGAAAGCCAUUGAACGCUUGAUUCAACGGGGUGAACUCCACCAAUUUGUCAAAGGUGCCCCUAGGAGCUCCACCAGCAAUCAUGAAGGGGACACCUCGACAAAGAAGCAUGAAAUUGGGAGGCUCAGUGACGUCGAGGACUUCGAGGAGCCCCAACCGAAGAAGCGUCACAUCUGUUGACUGUGUCCUCUUUCGAAGGGACGCACGGCCGAUGGACGGCUCAUCCCUCAAAAUACAAAGGGCCUUACAUCUCGGUGAAGUUCUAUCAGCAAUCCUAAGAGGGUGCAGACGGCGGAGCCGCCACCCAAGGUCAGAAGCUCAUUGAGAAGCUAACUCCUGUACGGAUUGUUAAGAAGAUUACCACCCUCAGCCAUGAGCCACUUAUAUAAACACACCUUUUGUGUUCUACUUAUUUCUUGUAAAGUUUAAGUAAAGGAUGCACAAACAAAGCUCGUCGCAUCGCCCCCUUCGAGAGAAACACUUAGGUAUGGCCGACGACGCCACACAAAACAGCACAUCGUCUCGGCCCCUUACAGCGAAACGCUCAGGCAUGGCCGACGGUGCCCCAGGACGAGGGGCGCGCAAAAUGGCCCACGUCGUGAAACGGGAAGCUCAUCGCGUCGUCUUUGCGCUAAAUCGCAUUACGACAGGCCUGAAAGAAUGGCCGAGAUGACAAAAUCCCCACACUUGGGGUUGGGAAACGGCAGCCGUCGGUAACCGACCAAAAGCCUAGCCCGCGCCGUAAAUAGACGACGGGACCCCCCAAGAUCAAGGGACGAUCCAGCGCCAGAGGCCGGACAGCAGCCCUCCUGGACUCCCUAUCGGCCGAGGGAAUAGCAACCCCCUCGGUCGAGCCUGAAAGAAGGACCCCCACUCCUCGCUCAUAGCAGUAGAGGAAGAAAUAAAAGAGGGACAGCCGAGAACCGUGCACUCGCCGGCCUUGACGAAAUCCCCACAAAGAAAAGAGGGACAACCGAGGACCGUGCAAUUGCCGGCCUCGAUCGAAAUCCCCACAAAUUAAAAGAGGGACAGUCGAGGACCGUGCAAUCGCCGGCCUCGACGAAAUCCCCACAAAUAAAAGAGGGACAACCAAGGACCGUGCACUCACCGGCCUCGAGCGAAAUCCCCACAAAUCAAAAGAGGGAAGCCGAGGACCGCACACUCACCGGCCUCGAGCGAUAAAAAAUAAAAUAGCCACAAAUCAAGUCACAUAUUUGGCUAAGUACAUAUCAGGCAAAUACUAUGCAUUAUGGACGAAGCAAGACCAUACAUGCGGAUCAGACGAGCGCCAGCGCCGUCCUUCAUCUUCAGACAGACGCGACGCCUUGUCCUUAAGCAAAGGACCGGCUUCAUCAGCGCCGUCCCUUAUCUUCAGACGAGCGUCCAAACGCCGUCCUUCAUUUCAAACAGGCUCAUCGCCACCGUCAUCCUCAGAGGACAGACGCCCGACACCGCCCUUCAUCUUCAGACGACUGGCCUCAUCAACGCCGUCAUCAUCAAAGGACGCACAUCCAGUAUCGUCUCUCAUAUAACGAACGGCUUCACCAGCGCCAUUGUCAUAAGGGGACGGACGUUCAUCAUCCUCAAAAGGAACAGCCCCUCGACCUCAGCAUGAUCAUCUAUCCCAAGACUGGCAUCCUCAGCGCCGAGAGCCUUGAGCUUACAUGACGAACGGCUUCAUCAAUGCCUCGUCAUCAUUUAUUUAGACCGGCUUCAUCAUCGCCGUCAUCCUUAAACCACACCCGGUCCCUCAGCCUCGGUGUGAUUAUUUAUCUCAAGGCCGGACUCCUCAGCGCCGAGAGCCUUGAGUUUACACGGCGAAGUGCUUCAUCAACGCCUUCGUCAUAAAGGGACGUGCGUCCAGCACCGCCCUUCAUCUUCAAGCCAGGGUCAGAGCCCGGUCCUUCAUAUGACGAACGGCUUCAUCAACCCCGUCGUCAUCAAAGGAAGCACAUCCAGUAUCGUCUCUCAUAUGACGAACGACUUCACCAGCGCCGUUGUCAUAAGGGGACGGGCGUUCAUCGUCCUCUAAAGGAACGGCCCCUCGGCCUCAGCAUGAUCAUCUAUCCCAAGACUGGCAUUCUCAACGCCGAGAGCCUUGAGCUUACAUGACAAAUGGCUUCAUCAAUGCCUCGUCAUCAUUUAUUUAGACCAUCGUCAUCAUCGCCGUCAUCCUCAAACCACGCCCGAUCCCUCGGCUGCGACAUGAUUAUUUAACUCAAGGCUGGCCUCCUCAGCGCCGAAGAGCCUUGAGUUUACACGGCGAAGUGCUUCAUCAACGCCUUCACCAUCAAGGGACGUGCGUCCAACGCUGUCCUCAUCCUCAGACCGGCGUCAAAGCCUAGUCCUUCAUAUGACGUACGGCUUCAUCAACGCCGUCGUCAUCAAAGGAUGUGCGUCCAACGUCGUCUUCCAUGUGACGAACGGCUUCACUAGCGCCGUUGUCAUAAGGGGACGGGCGUCCAACGUCGUUCUUCAUCUUCAGGCAUCCAACGCCAUCCUUCAUCAAAGGACGGGCUUCAUCAACGCCGUCCUUCAUCUUCAGACCGGCGCCAACGCCGAUGUACUGUUAUAGGGACCGGGCUCGCCAUUCCCUUCCUGGAUAGCGACCCUCACCUUCAUAUGACGCACGACUCAUGACCACCGUCGUCCUCAUAUUCAGACAUGCAUCUAUCGCCUCGUCCUCAUAUUCGGACCCGCUCAUCAGCGCCGUCGUCCUCAACACUAGGCGAGCGUCCCCUCAAUAGACAGACACCGCUGCAACUCCACACCUAGUCCGAAGGGUUCACCCCUUGGAGUUCAUUUUGGGGGAUCCGGUGUGCUCUUUUCCCUCAUUAGGAUUUUUUCCCACAUGGUUUUUCCUAAUGAGGUUUUUAACGAGACAUCGCCCCAUUGUGGAUCAAAAGGUGUCGACCCUCGGCCCCCUAUUGAAGACGUGUAUUGCUCUACUCCUCUUCACCUCACUACAUGAGCCUCGAGGAGUGGGGGACUGGAGGACUACAUCGGCCUCCUCAUACAUGAAAUCAUCCAAAAAGCAACAACAAGCAAGGACUACCAAGUGGUACCUCCGUCGGCCAUGUCUCCAUCGGCCAGAAGAUGGUCUGGGGGACUACAUCGGCUUCCAGCGCAAAGAUAAACAAAUUCAAAAUCCAACGAACACAAGCCCAUGACAAUGGUACCUCAACGUCCAACAACCAUGUGUUCACCCUUCGGCCAUGCCGAAGCGCAAAGCAGGUCGCACAUCGUCCUCAAUGUCAAGGACACACAUCGUCCUAAAGGUCAAGGGCACGUGUCGUCCUCGAAGCCAAGGACACUCCUCGUCCUCAAGGCCAAUGGCACGCAUCGUCUCUAGGACUAUGACAUUCAUCGUCCAUAUCACGAACAAAAUGAACGCGCCACGAACGUCCGCAAGCGUAAGAUCCAUCAACUAAAGUCAAAAGCACAAGGGCAGGACAUUCUUCGUCCACAGAGCCAAGGGCGCACAACGUCCUCUGGUCCAAGACCCUCAUCGUCCUCAAAGUGAAGGACAUCCAUCAUCCUCGAAACGAAGGACGCUCAUCGUCCUCAAAGUGAAGGACAUCCAUCGUCCUCAAAAUGAAGGACAUCCAUCGUCCUCAAGAUGAAGGACACUCAUCGUCCUCAAAACGAAGGACAUUCAUCGUCCUCAAAAUGAAGGACAUUCGUCGUCCUCAAAAUGAAGGACAUCCAUCGUCCUCAAGAUGAAGGACACUCACCGUCCUCAAAACGAAGGACAUUCAUCGUCCUCAAGAUGAAGGACACUCAUCGUCCUCAAAACGAAGGACAUUCGUCGUCCUCAAAAUGAAGGACAUUCAUCGUCCUCAAUGGGUCCUCCUUCGGCCAAGUGGGGGACUCCUGAUGGAGUAUAUGGGUCCAGACCCCAUGACCCACAUACUCAGAAGACUAAGAGGAAGCGCAGCUGUCACCCAAUGGGUCCUCCUUCGGCCAAGUGGCCCUCCAUCAACCGUAGAAGAGUCGAUCCAGAAUACGGUCCAGAAGCCAAGGAGAAGAAUUGUCCUCCAUCGGCCGGUACCUCCGUCGGCCAGUGCCUCCAUCGGCCGGUGCCCCCGUCGGCCAGUGCCUCCGUCGGCCGGCGCCCCCGUCGGCCAAGCAACAGUCAGCUCAGAAUAUGGCCCAGGCAGCAAUCAGCUCGGAUGGUCCUCCGUCGGCCGUGUCUCCAUCGGCCAGGCGCCUCCUUCGGCCGAACCUCUUUCGGCCACAGAGAACUCCCAGAACCGGAUUUCAUACUUAGUUAUUUUUACACUCUUUGUACUCGGCCCAGUAGUGGCCCAAUUGUAAAUGGGUCUCCCAAGCCCAAGACUUGGGAGCCCGGCCCUAAUUUCCUCUAUAAAUACUCCCCUUGGGAGCCAUGUAAAGGGUUGAAAAAUCAUUAAUACAACUCACUUCUCUCUCUAGCUCUCCCUUCUCUCUAGACUUAUAGUCUAUCAAAUUGAUUUACAAUAAUACAAUCCAACAAAUUCACAAAAAAAUUCAUCACUGUAACACAUAUCCAUACAUUUCUACAAUUUAAACCUUACAAAUAACCCAUAACCCAUGUCAUUUUAAACAAAUUAAGUUUCUCUUUAAUGACUGAAAUAUUAAGAGUAUUCAUCAAGAGAUGCACUAUGAAACUCUUUUUUGUUUUCUUUACUUGUACUAAGCUAUUAUCAUCCCUUCACGGGUAAGCCCCCCCCUCCCCUAUUCAGACCUGCUUUUUCACCGGUAAGCUCCCCCUCCCCUAUUAUCACUUCACUGGUAGGAUGGUUUUUUCAAAAUGCCCUAAAAAGUUUCCUAUUUGUCAAAAUACCCAGCUAACGUUAGUUAUUGUCAAGGUACCCGUCUCCGUUAAAUGUUGUGGCCUACUUCCCAUUAUACCCCGCGUCAGUUAAAAUGUUGUGUCGUACUUCCCAUUAUACCCCGCUUCAGUUCCUAACGGGUUUCUCUUUCGAGCCGUCACAUUAUAACGACCUCAUCCCAACGGCUCCAUAUUUACAACGCCUCUGCAUCAUCGACUCAGUACAAAAGGUUGGUAAAGCGCAAUUUGGAUUCCUCUCAUCAAUCAUCCUGCAAGACGAGGUUUGCUACAUAUACUAAACGCUUGAUAAAGCUACAUCUGCAUCAUCGACUCAGUACAAAAGCUUGGUAAAGCGCACUCUGGAUUCUAAUCAUCCUUCAUCCUGCAAGAUAAGAUUAGCUACAUCUAAUAAGCUCUUGAUAAAGCUACAUUUGCAUCCUGUUCAGAUUCUCUAGCUUUUUUGAAAGAGUAGUGUCUCUUUGGACCAUAUUUUUCAUAAAUGUGAACAGGUGAGGGGAAUAUGGGUCUAUUUCCUGAGUAUUCUGGGUAUUCCGAGGCCUAUGGAAGAAUUAUCUACUCCUCAGCUUUUCAGACAUUGUUGGCUCAAAGCUGGCUCUGUGGAUUUAUUGGAUAUUUUCAAACAAAAUAUAUCUGGGAUCAUUUCUUGGCACAUUUGGAAAGUCUACUCUAAUUACCAAUGGGGUGAUGGAACUGCUAAUACAUCCACUAAAGGGUUAAUCAUCUCUAUCAAGCAAUAUACUCAAGUCUAGGUUCACUCUCUGAAGGGGAUAAAAGUUCGCUCUAUUGAUAAGGUUCUGUAUGAUGAAAAUUUAAUUCGCAAGGAUUAUAGUUUACAGAAUCAUAAUAUACAGAUCUUAAGAUGGUGUAAACCGAAUGGAGUGAUGAAAUUAAACACUGAUGCUCGUUACUUAUCUGGUUUGGCUUCGGGCAGCGCGAUUCUGAGAAACCCAGACGGAUGGUUGGUUUGCGUAGCUAGCUUCGAUCUGGAGGCAUCAUCGGCAUUGGAAGCAGAAAUAAAAUCCAUUUCAACAUCUAUUCGUUGGGCGACGGAUGCUGGUUAUGGCGAGUUUGAGGUGAGGCAGACUCAGAUAUGGCGAUUGGCUUUCUUCAAGAUCCAGCGGUGAGGAAAUGGAAAACCCUUAUUCAGGAAACUGUACAGAUUGCCAAAAGGAAAGGGUUAUCCUUCAGGCAUGUAUACCGGGAAGUUAACGAAGCUGCACAUUAUUUGGCCCAAUUCCAUUCUGGGCCGUUAAAAGAAUUUCUCAGCCCGAUCGAUUUACCUGUGAUGGCUAAGCGGACCUAUUAUAUGGAUCUUUUUGGUAUAGCCGUGUUACGUUUCCAUUAAUUUCUGUAUCUUGUUUAAAAGAGGUUUUGGUAUAGUCCCCCUCUUUUUUUGUAUUCAGAUCUAAUUUUUAAUAAAAUCCUGGUAUCUGACUCCCGGCAUUUACCCCACUGAUUUUGGUGGUUUGCCUUCUG